AUGGAUAUAGCAUGUUCUACAAGGUUCAUUGAGACAGCGCUCAAUUACGGCCUUGAAUCAUGUUCUUACUGCCAAGCGAUCGUUAUUGAUCUAGCUCUGCCGGACAUAACAGGCCGCAAAAACCACAAUUCCAACUACAUAGAGCCCUCUGAGCUCAGUUACACGUCAAUGGACCACUUUGGAAAUGUGCAAUAUGCAAGAACCCCGACAUCGUGUCACUAUAAGUUCUCCGAGUACUAUAUCGUCACCGCCGCUGCUACCGGUUGUCUGUUCUUCAAACAAUUUGCUGUCUGGGUUCCUGAAGUCACCGACGCGGAAAUGGGCCUAUGGAUGGGCAUGAAAGUUGAUAUCGAUCUUGAUUCUUGGAAAUGCGUCGGGAACAUACUAAGAUUAUAUCUAGAGACACGAUCUUUGCUGUCAAGUCCUGGAUCUUGCGGUGCCAUUAUUCACUCUUGCAUAGACUCAGACCUGACAUUCUCACGGGCCAGGCAGUUGCUCAACAAAUGCCUCGACGAGCAUAGUGCUUGCAAGCAGACCGGGUCGGCACCUUCUCGCUUACUCGACGUAUCGUCAGACGCUAAGGAAGUGCGACUUGUCGACACUAAUACCGUUAAAGACCCAGUCUGGGCUGCUCUAUCAUACUGCUGGGGCGGGUCACAGGACGCUCAAACGACUUAUCUCAACGUCGAAGACCGUUAUAAGCAGCUUGCAAUCGAUCAUCUUCCCUUGACUAUUCGGGAUGCAAUACAUGUCUGCCGACAGAUGCAUAUCCCCUAUCUUUGGGUUGACUCUAUCUGCAUCAUUCAAACAGAGGACGAAUCCGAGGAUGCUGUCAAAGAGACUGACAAAGACCGGGAGCUGCGUAAAAUGGCCGGCAUAUACCAAGGAGCCAUUCUGACCAUCUCUGCCUCUUGUGCCAUCUCAGCCAAUGAAGGCUUUCUCCACGAGCGAAAACCUUUUACGCCUGGCGUGGCUUUACCAAUUCGACUGAAAGACGACUACCACAGUCGAGCUUGGAUCUUUCAAGAGCAAUUAUUAUCUUCUCGUUCUCUACGUUUCACAACCCAUGCCAUGGAAUGGCACUGCAAGUAUUUCGAUUGUUGCAUAUCACAGGAAGAAGAGUACAACGUAUACAAUCAACCUGCCGUAUUUGAGGAUUUUUCUCUGGGUCGUUGGAACUCGGUAGUUACAGAUUAUUCCAAGCGCCUUCUAAGCAACUCAGAAGACAGACCUAUUGCGAUCGCUGCUGUGGCGGAAAGCUUUGCCAAAUCCGGAUCCUUGUUUAAUACAUCGGAUUACGUAGCAGGUCUCUGGAAGCCAAGCUUGCUUGCCGACCUACUGUGGUUCGUCAAACCACCAGUUCGUGGGAAGGCAUGUGGUUCCGCCCCGUCAUGGUCCUGGACAUCUGUUCUGGAACAUGUCGAAUGGCUUGAAGAUUGUGAUUCCUUCGCUUCAGCAGCAAGAGUUCUCUCAGUCGACAUUCAGCUUGCUGAUCCCAAACUGCCUUGCGGUGCCGUAAAAAGUGGAAAGAUCCGCUUACGCGGACUGACGUCACGCAAACCUCGACCAGUCGUCUGUGUGGUAGAAGAUGAGCCAGCUGGUAAUGAAGGACAUUCUCAAUUCAUCUUACCUGAUGAUGUUCAGGAGAAACAGCUGGAAGUGUUUUGCUUUGAGCUUGCACAUGCAACUAAUGGAUUAGACAGCAUGAGGCUGGGUCUGGCACUUCAGCCGACUGCGAAUCCGGGAGAGUUUUCAAGAGUUGGGCUAUACAUCGCCUCAAAACCUAAAGUUGACGACAGAAGCCAUGGUGAGAAUUGUGAGGCAUGUAAGAUUGAGCAGGAUACAUGGGAAAGGACGAUAGAGAUAGUGUAG